GCUUCCUGGAGCCGCCCCUGCAGGGUUGUCGUGCCGCUGUCCGCCUUGCCCGUCCCUCCCUUUGCCCAGCGGAUCCCCGGCGGCGGCGGCGGCGAUGCUGAAAAGCUGCGGGAAGAAGCUGCUGCUCUCGCUGGUGGGCUCCAUGCUGACCUGCUUCUUGGUCCUGAUGGUGGACCAGCAGAAAGGGCAGGGGCUGAGCCUCGGCGGGGGCGGCGGCGGCGGCGGAGGGGGGCCCGGCUUGCUGCUGCUGCCGCCCUUCGAGAGCUCCCGCCCGGCCGCCGCCCCGGGCAUCUCCCCCUGGCCCCUGCGCGGUGGUGCUGGAGGCUCGGCGGGGCAGAGCCUGCGGGACGUCCAGAGCUUCACCGAUUAUUUCACCAAGCUGUCCCGGAGCAAGAGGGAAGGGGGGCCCGGAGGCGGAGGCGGAGGCGGCGGAGGGAGUGACCGCCCGGAGGCCGGGAAGCAGCAGCAGCUCCGGCCGCCGGCGGAGGAGCUUUGGCCCCGGGACGUGUUCAUCGCCGUCAAGACCACCAAGAAAUUCCACCAGUCCCGCCUGGAGCUCUUGCUCGACACCUGGAUCUCCCGCCACAAGGAGAUGACAUACAUCUUCACAGACGGGGAGGACAAAGAGCUCAAGAAGAGGACAGCAAAUGUCAUCAAUACCAACUGUUCUGCAGCCCACAGCCGCCAAGCUCUUUCAUGCAAGAUGGCAGUGGAGUAUGACAAAUUCAUCGAAUCCGGGAGGAAGUGGUUUUGCCACGUGGAUGACGACAAUUAUGUAAACGUUCGGAUGCUCCUCAAGCUGCUCUCCAGCUAUCCUCACACCCAGGAUAUCUACAUUGGGAAGCCCAGCCUGGACAGGCCCAUCCAGGCUACCGAGAGAAUCAGUGAGAACAAGAUGCAUCCCGUCCACUUCUGGUUUGCCACGGGUGGGGCUGGUUUCUGCAUCAGUCGUGGCCUGGCACUGAAGAUGAGCCCUUGGGCCAGUGGGGGCCACUUCAUGAGUACUGCUGAAAAGAUUCGACUCCCCGAUGACUGCACAAUUGGCUACAUCAUCGAAUCGGUGUUGGGGGUGAAGCUGAUUCGGAGUAACCUCUUCCAUUCCCACCUGGAGAACCUCCACCAGGUGCCCAAGUCAGAAAUUCACAAUCAGGUAACCCUGAGCUAUGGAAUGUUUGAAAACAAGAGGAAUUCCAUCCACAUGAAGGGCGCGUUUUCUGUGGAAGAAGAUCCAUCCAGGUUCCGCUCCGUCCACUGCUUGCUCCAUCCAGACACGCCAUGGUGCCCUCUCAACGUCGUUUAUUGAGACGUCCCUUUCUUAACCUCGUCCCACGUCUCCCGGUAUCCGAAGAGCUCGUGGGACCCGUUUGAUCGUGGGUGGGUGUGGGUGUGCUUGUUUCCUUUGCUGUGAAGCCAUUGGCUCUUAAUUACUGUGGUUAAUUCACAGUGCGUGUAUGUUUUAUAGGCUGCUGUGCGGCCCCUCUUGUGAUUUCCCUCUUGGCAGGUUGUGACCGUCCCCACCUCUUGUUGCUGCUGUUGGUGGUAUUUACCUCCCGCCCGCCCUCUUUCGUGGGGAAGGGGGUUCCUUAGGCAGGAAUGCCUCUUGCCUUCUGGUGCUGGUUUUACAGGAAUGUAAAAUGACUCCCGCUUUCGCCUGCCUGCCUCCCCCGGCACCCCCAACAAACCCACAAAAUUGAACACUGCUUUGCAGUGUCUGUGGGGAGCUGUAGAAGCCUGUGCUCUUUCCUCAGAUACGUUGGCUGUGAGCCUUCCCCUUGGCGUUCUCUUUCUGCGAAAUUCUUAAAAGAAGCAGCAUUAGUCCUUUGCUUCUUUAUAUAUAUAUACACACACAAGGCCAAAUCUGUCCAAAACGAAGCACUUUUUUCAAAGAUGCACAGGUUAACUGGAUAAAGGUUAGCAUGUCUUUAUACCCCAGCCUGUCAACAGUUGACUAGAUAGUGAAGAAGGGGCAGACAUUUAGUGAUGGGACUGGACUGCUCCUCUCCCUAGCUGGGGAUGAUGGUAAAUGCAACCUGGUAGGUUAAGGCCCCAAGCCUGCUCUUCCCUAUUUUCUACAUCUGCUGGAGGAACCCUUCUUUUUUGCUCUCCUUCCUGUCUUGUCAGGCUCCGGACCAGUUUUCAGAUGAAGGUCUAUGUACUAAUGUUUGUUUACUAUGUGUUUCCUUUCGUUUGUUGUCUUUUUUUUCUUUUUAAAUAUUAGGUUUAAACGUGUUUUGUUUAUAUUUUGAAUGUUGCUCUUCCUAAAUCUCUCAAGGCCAUAUGUCUGAUGUAUAUAGGCAUACAUUUUGAAAUCCUUUUUCAGUUCUGGAGGGCUGCCGUUCUUCCAUUUUGCAUUUAGAGCUGGUAUCUUAGGACUCCCAGCUUCUCACUCACUCAUGCAUUGAAGGGGGACACACUGAGGUUAAAGGUGCCCCGGCUGAAAUGGAGACCCCUGGCGUUUCCAAUCUCUGUCCCCGAGAGAGAAGGCCAUUCCCAUCCCUCUUCUCUCCCGCUGUCCUGUUCGGAAUUGCAUCCAAGCAGCCGCUGGAAGGUCACACCUUUCUUGUCCGUAUUACCUGAAUGGUUUCCACAGGUGCACAUAUGGGACUGCUUGGUUUAUUAUUAUUAUUUUUUUUUUACUGAAGACCUGUUUUGGUUGUCAUGGGAUCAUUUUUAUUAAAUUGGCACGGAAAAAAGUCUUAGGAUGUUUUACACAAG